UUGUCGGGUAUUUUAAAUAAUAUUUAAAAAAAGGAGUUCUUAUGUCUUUGAAGUUCUACUUUCGUUGGAGUUCUAUUGUCGCAUACAAAGAAAACCUACUCAAUCGACAAUAUAUUGUAGAUUGAGUAGGUUAGUUCUAUUCCUAUUUGAGUUCUUCUGUCAUUGGAGUUCUACUGUCAGCAACCCUUGUUAACUGACCGCUAGAUGCCACUGUCUUCAGUUGAUUUUGUCAUGAUGUACAGACUGCAUCAUGAAACAUGGCGAAACAAAUUGUCGCUAAUUUGCUUUGUAUCUUAAUUUUCUGUGAUUCCGAAUACUGAAUUGAACUUUGUUUGUAAAGUCAGUCCGUCAUUCCAACAAGUUGACUUAGUGCUCAGUCAAUUUCCAUCCAUUAGAUCCUUAUGCUGUCAAAAGCCUGAAACUCAUAUUUGAAGCCCACAUACAGUGGAAUUAGACAAAAAUUCUUGCUCAUGGACCAUAGGAUAUUUUCUGAAUCUUGCAAGUGUAACCUGUGUCAGAAUGUUUGUCGAGUGUAAGACUGUUUCUACAGCCGUUCAGAAGGCAACCCAGCUGAGAGAUAGAGUUCCAGUUUCAGAGAAUGUACAUGAAGAGUGUGAAGUGUAUUUAGUACAUUUACCAGAUCUGCUUGAUGAAAGUAAAAUACCUUACUGAAUUCGUCACCCAAAUGAUAAAGAACUAUUUGUGACGUCCCCUGAGAUCGCGAGUCGGCCGCCAGUUUCAAUCUACAACGCAGUUUUCUUCAUGGAAUCGUGAGGUCCUGGCACGGAGAUCCUUGAGCCAACGCUGGCUUUUGUCCAUGACAGAAGAGGGACUUCCACCAACGUUCGGAUCCUUAUCUUCACGAUCUACGCUCAUCUAGCUUCACUUCUUCUAAACACAAUUUGUUUUACUUCACUGGCGACUUGGCGAGUUUCUGGACCACCUCAUGAUCGCUUCCGUCCGCUGUUACACACCUGUAAUCAUUCACCACGGGAUUAUGCCCAGUUACAUGGCAGAUACAGAACUGCAGCCCGAUAACCAGUGUGGCGGACGACGCCAAAUAAUCAAUCCUGCAACAAAGAAAGGGCUUCCCCCUUCCACUAGCUGGCCUAGCCCGUUCUCCCCUUUUGUCCUUGUGCGCCCAAAAUUUGUAGUUACAAGCAUUCAAUUUUGUACUCUAAAACAAGAAGCAACUGCAUCUGGCAAAUGCUGUUACCUUUUUCAAGUGGCAAAUAAAGAUCUUUAAAAUUUCCAAUCUCCCUGUUUUCUAAACUCGCCGGUAAAAUACGUGCCGGACAUUUUGGUGCAUCGACCUUGCAUUCGAACUCCAUUUCUCAAAUUCAAACAACUCCGGUGUACAUUGCGGUGCAUCGAUUUCGAUCUCGAGAACAAUCCGUUUCGUUUCCCUUGGCCGUUUAGUGAAUCACGUGGUCGACUUUGUCCGUAACGCGUUCGGCGUCACCAUCUCCAGGUAGUUAUCUCUUAAAAUCAGUCCCAUCUGACAAGGUACCAAAGUUAGCUAUCUGUAAAUUCACUCUUCUGUCCAAUCCAAACUCACAGGGAAAAAAUUCAGUAGGCAGUAAUUUAUUUAUUUAUUUUUUUUUCAUUAAAUCCCCCCCAUCUUUCACAUUUACAUUUCGGUCCCCCCAACUUGAAAUUUUGUUUCUUUUUUUUUUUUUUGGUUUCAUCGUCCCACAUAUAGCGUUUGUGAACAUUUUUCAUCCGUAACAUCCAUACAAAUUUUCUUUAAAUUCACGUAAAAAAAAAAACAAGAGAGAGAAACCAUUAGUCUAGCUAGCUCGUGGUCCCCCUCCCUCAAUUCAUUUGCGUCUCAAUCAAAACAGUUUCGCCACAAGCGACAAUUGUUCAAUGUAUUGGAUUGCGCGCGAUUCAGAUUCGUUUGUUUGUUCAACAAAGCGCUAGGGUAAAAUUUUUCCCCCGUUCAGUCUUUCUUUUCAUCCCUUUCGUUUGCGUUAAAUCCCUCCCGUUAAAUUUUUUUUUUUUUCUCUCUCUCCUUCGUUUCGUCCCUUUUCGAAACACUCCCACCAUAAGUUUUUUUUCCGCGUCCCUCCCAUCUCCAAAACUGCCACGCCGACACAACAGCCCGUUCAGCCGGGCAAUUCGGACAGCCCAACACGAAGAAAGGCGCGAAAACGAAAAACUUGACAAGCAACAGAAAGCUAGAGCCGCAGAAGAUCGUCCCGAAGAAAAUCAAGACCGGUCAAAAAGAAUUCGCGACGCCAUUUCCGAAGCUCAUAAACACCUCGCAGACAUUCAAGCACAGAGAGGCAUCCAGUUGCUGCCACACCGUCAAGUCAAGCAAAUCGCUCGUCCCGAAGAAGACGAGAAUUAUCAAAAAAAAAUCAACAACGCGAUAAUUGAAGCUCAUAAACAUCUUGCCAUUCUCCAAGAAGAAACUGAAGAGCAAUUUGUCUUGCAGAUCGAUCCAGAUCCUUCAGAUUUACUCGGCGAUCAAGAAGUCAAGUCCAAUUAGCGCAAGUAAAAAAAAAAAAAAUCUUUCUUCCACUAGCAUUCAAAUAGUCCUAGAGAGUAUAGUCCUAGGCCGGAAGGUCGGUUGGGCUUACACUUGGUUGGUCUUUUGCUUGCUGCAAGUGGCAUUCUUCUUAAUUUCCCAGAGUAGUCCUAAUUUGUUUAGUCCUAGGCUCUUUUGUAAAAAAGAGCUGGUUGGUCUGGCAUUUGGUUGGGCUCUCUACCUUUAUUUUCAUUUCAAACGUCCCGCUCACCAUAAUUCUCUCGUUCACUGUCGUUUGGUGUCAAAAUGGCCGAAGCCAAUAGGCCCCCCAGUCGAAAUGCUGACAUUCAGACGGACGUCACUGACGAUUUUCCCCCACUAUUUCAAGAUCGCGCCAACAAGCAAGCCAGAUCCAACGAAAAAAGCCGCCACACGAAAUUAAUAACGGGGAUAGAAAAACACAUGUCUGAACUAGGCAGCAGGACCGAGCUGAAGUUUAUGAGAAAGAACCUAGCCAACCAACUUGAAGAGUGCAUUAGGGCCCACAACAUUUUUCGGUCGUCGCCAACGCAAAGACUAAUUCCAGAAAAUGACUGGGUCACCAACUUAGAGCAGGUCACCACAGCAUGCUACGCACGAAUCGACGACUACAUCAGAAAUGUUCCAAGAGCUCCCUCAGCCGCUUCAUCAAUUCACAGUUCGGUCAGUUUGCCGUCUCAUUUAUCAGAAUCCAAGAAUAGCACGCAUUUCCCAGAUUCUCAUCACAGCAGCAUUAUCAGUAUAUCACCUAGCCAGAAAACCACGCGUGUUUUAACCCGUGAGUUAGCAGAAGAAAAAGCAGCUCGUCAGAAUCUUCAGUGUGAGCUACAACGUCUCCAAGCGACCAUAACGCAGAUCAACCAACAAUACACCGAUGAAGCAAUAUUGAGGACCCAAACGAUCAAUGGAAUCGCCGAAGACAACCGAAAUUUGGCAACAUGGCUCAAAGAGCGCAACGAGGAGCUGGCAAAAGAGCAACAAGAACGGCAAUAUUUAGAAGCAAGCUUAAAAAACGACCUCAGAAAUCAGCAGCGUCUUCUCGAAGACGAAAAAAGGUCCCGUCAAACGGACAAAAAUCAGUUUCGACGAGAGAUGGAGGCUCGCAUUAGCGAACUCACUACGUCUUUCGACAAAAAAUUAGCCUCGCAAGCUCCGAAGAACUCGGCAAACACGGCCGACACAAACAAAAAAGAAACGGGCGCCAGACCAAAGCAUCAAGCAUCCCGUCAAACGGAAUUCGCUGAUGAAGAACCGGACGAAAAUGAAGACGAAGAUCAAUUUCCAGAGCCGCCUUCUUAUUAUACGAUCGACGACCAGUCCAGCCAAAAACAUGAUUUUAUCGAUUCAAAAAAAUGGUCAGUCAACCAGACACCCGAGCCGUCCGUCAACAACAAAAACUCGUUCUCUGUUUUUCGUUUGCCGAAAUUGGAUCUACAACCCUUCGACGGAGACUCGAAAAAAUGGGCCGAUUGGAUCGCGAUCUAUAGAGAUCUCGUCCACCAGAAUUCGUCCAUCUCGACGACCCAGAAGAUGGCAAUACUGAAGCAGUGUUUAACUCAAGAUAUUCGAGAUGGCCUCGGAGAUUCUUUGAGCAGUCCAGCUUUGUAUGAUAAAGCUCUUCGGGAACUAGAAGAAACCUACGGCCACCCGCAACUGGUCUCAAGAUCUUAUAUUCAAUCACUCAUCAAUCUACCGAAGUUGAAUAUGAACGACUACAAAUCAUUGAUGAAAGCCUCGCAAAACAUCAACGGGUCCGUUGCGUCACUCAAGAGCGGCGGAUAUGAAAAAGAACUUUACUCUGUGACACUUAUGGAGCUAGUUCACUCGAAGAUGCCCCCCGACAUCCAAAGCAGGUGGGGGAAAAAGAUAAGUAAGAAUCAUCCUCGGUGUCUAAACCUGCAAGAUUUUGCUGACUGGCUUCACUCAGUAGUGAAAGGUGAGAUGAUGGCCAAACACUGUCAAUUAAAGAUUGAAAAAGACCAGCAACAACAAAAGCAAAAAAUGGGCCGGCAAAAAGAUCCAGGCGUUCGGUUCCCCCCCAAGAUAAACACCAUUCUUCCGCCUCAGCAACAAGGCAACAAAGAAGGCAAAGCAAAAGAAAAAGAUCAAGCAGAGAACCAUCCGAAAAAGUUAAUCUGCCUCCUCUGCAAAGAAGAUCAUCGGCUCGCCCAGUGUCCAAAGUUCAGCGCAAAAUCUCUAGAAGAGAGAGCGCAGUUCAUCAAAAGUUCCGGUUGUUGCAUUAAAUGCUUAAGCAAAGGUCACAUGCUCAAAGAGUGCACAAGCAAGAAAAAAUGCGAAGUCAAAGAUUGUGAAUUUCGCCAUCAUACUUUGUUGCAUGGUGCACCACGCAUUUCUUGGAAAAAUCAAGAAUCGGAAAAAGCUCCACCUCAAACGGAGAAACCCCCUCUUCACAAAAAAGAAGAAAAGAAAUUAGUAGCCACUCACUUCGUAGAUGGGGCUCAAAUAAUUACUUUAUUGCAAGUAGUGCCCGUGACGGUCGAACAUAACGGAAAUAAAUUCGACACCUUCGCCCUCCUAGAUCCUGGAAGUGAAGCCUCCCUCAUUCUUCAAGAUUUAUCCGCUCAUCUGAAAAUUGAUGGGCCGACUGAAAUCGCUCGACUUGGAACCUUCCACGGCGUCGAUCCAGAAAUCAAAACAACCAGAGUCAACUUCAAUAUUUUUCCUCGAGACCAGAGUCGUGCCUUCGCUGUGAAAAAUGCAUACUCUGUCCCGAAGUUGGAAGUGACGAGCCGGAAAAUCAAUUGGCCAGCUCUUAAACACCAGUGGAAACAUUUGAAUGACUUGGACUUCCCUCUCAUCGACUCCACCAAGGUAUCUGUACUUCUCGGACGUGACGUCAUGAGAGUCCACGAUGUGUUGGACGUCCGGAUGCCUCCGGACGGAAUAGAAGCUCCUGACGGAAUACGGACCCAUUUUGGUUGGUGUCUAACAGGCCCAGUUCCAACCACAAUGCUGCAAACACAAGACACGUCGCCUUCAAAAAUUCUUCAUGUUUAUAAACAUUCUGUGCUUCAAAAAUUAGAAGAUGCUGUCACGCAGUUCUGGCUCACGGAAUCCUUCGGUGUCAACUCUCCCGCACACCCGCCGAUGAGCAACGAAGACAAGAAAGCCCUCAGCAUCUUAAACAAAACAAUUCGCCAUACCGGCGAGCGGUAUGAGGUGGCGCUCAUGCUGCGAAAUGAAAAACCAAAUUUACCCAACAAUCGAGAAGUGGCGCUUCGGCAUCUUCAUUCGCUGGAGCGACGUUUUGAAAAAGAUCCAACAUUCGCGAAAAGUUACGCUCGAGUCGUCGAAGAAUACAUCUCUCUUGGCCACGCCAUCCCGGCACCAUCGAAUCCUGUUCCAAACGGCCAAGAAUGGAUCCUGCCGCAUCACGGUGUUCAAACGCCCGCGAAACCUGGCAAAGUUCGUGUGGUUUUUAAUCCCUCCGCACAACACCGCGGUACCUCCCUGAACGACCAAUUAUUCAAAGGCCCGGAUCUUUUAACUGGCCUAAUAGGAGUUAUCUUGCGUUUUCGGAUGCUGCCGGUACCAAUCUCAGGUGACAUAGAAAAAAUGUAUCACCAAGUUCAAGUGCCUAAACACCAGCAGUCGCUACUCAAAUUCUUAUGGAGGACGCCCGGCAGCAAAGAUCCACCGACAACUUUUCAAAUGACGGUCCACAUUUUUGGCGCAGUCUCCUCUCCUACUACAUGCAUUUUUGCGCUCCGACGUACGGCCGAAGAUUUUGGCCACCUCUACCCCAACGUCGCAAACAAGGUAUUAAGCAACAUCUACGUCGACAAUUAUUUGGACUGUACCGAAACCGAAGAAGAGGCCAUCACACUCCGCCAGGACGUAUCCGCGUUGCUGAAACUGGGCGGAUUCAAUAUGGUUCAAUGGCUGUCUUCAUCACGGUCCGUGUUGGCCACCGUCGAUAAAAAUGAUUUAUCUCGCUCCUUGGACUUGGACGCUGACCGACUUCCGAUCGAGCGCACGCUUGGAAUGUUAUGGGAUUGUCAAGCUGAUAUCUUCAUUUUCAAAACUUCCACUAGGACCGACAUCAAAACAAAAAGAGAAGUUUUGCAAGAAAUUUCCUCGAUUUAUGAUCCAAUGGGUUUCCUUUCCCCGGUCAUAAUGGUCGCGAAAAUUCUUAUGCAAGAUGUUUGGCGCGCCGGAAUCGACUGGGACGACGCGCUGCCGCCGAAUCUGCUAGCUGUCUGGAAGGCGUGGGCAUCGGAGCUCGAAUUUAUCGCAAAACUAAAGAUACCCCGCUGUUUUCGGAAACAGUCGAAGCCGCUGGAAUACGAGCUACACGUAUUCACCGACGCCUCGGAAGCUGGUUUUGGUGCGUGCGUCUAUAUACGCGCGAAAUACGGCGAAGAGAAAUUUUCCUUAAACUUAAUCCUUGCAAAAGCUCGAGUCGCUCCUCUGCGUCAAUUGUCCAUCCCUCGCUUGGAGUUGCAAGGAGCCGUCCUCGGCGCCAGAUUAUGUGCCAGCGCCAUAAAAGAGCUCGGACCAAUCGCUUCCAACGUAACAUACUGGUGCGACUCUCAGACGGUCCUCCAGUGGAUCCAUUCGACAAGGUGCAAAUAUCACGCAUUUGUCGCCCAUCGCAUCACGGAGAUCGCCGAUACCAGCAAAGCAAGUCAAUGGCGUCAUGUGCCCGGCAAUCUCAAUCCAGCCGACGACUGUUCAAGAGGAAUUCCGGCAAUCCACCUGACGACUCAGCACCGCUGGUUGCGCGGACCCGAUUUUCUCAAAAUGCCGGAAGCGAAUUGGCCGUCGCCCAUCGUCAUCGAUGAGCCGUCCCAUGACGACGUGGAAGUGGUGCCUGAAAAAUAUGUGGGCUCGCUGCGCGUCAAAAAACCUCAUCCAAUCUACACUCUCAUUCAAAAUUCAUCCAACAUCAUCACCAUCAAAAGAAUCGUAGCGUGGCUGCUCCGGUUCCUGACUAACUUCAAUUUAUCUAUCAAAAAACUUCCGCGAGUCGGGCAACAAUGGCUCAUUCCGGCGGAUAUUCGUGAAGCGUCCGAUGUGAUUAUCAAGGUGGACCAGGCUCAUCAUUUUCAAAUCGAGCUCGACUACAUCCGGAAAGGUAAACCAGUGCCCGCAACGUCUAAACUAGCGUCCCUCAAUCCGACUUUAGACACGCGCGGAAUUAUGCGCGUUGGCGGACGGCUUCAACAUGCGUCCAUUCCGGAAUUCGCCAAGCAUCCUAUCAUCCUGGAUCCCGCCAGUCAACUUGCCACCAUGUUAAUCCGGGAGGUACAUGAGCGGCUGGCCCAUGCUUCAACUGAAUUCACGCUACAUGAUUUACGCCUGCAAUAUCACGUUCUACGACCUCGCGCAUCAAUACGGCGUAUUAUCCGCGAUUGUUUCGAAUGCAAAUUGCGCAACAGCAAACCGGAUCCUCCAUUGAUGGGUCCACUUCCCGCUAGCCGGCUGCAAUCUCAUUUGCCGGCAUUUUCCAAUGUAGGAAUCGAUUUCUUCGGUCCGUUUUUCCUAACCAUCUUUCGCCGCAAGGUGAAACGCUAUGGAGUCAUCUUCACUUGCCUUGACUGCCGUGCCGUUCACCUGGACGUUACCCACUCGAUGGAUCUGGAUUCCUUCAUGAUGGCGUUCACUCGUUUCGUUGAUCUACGAGGUCUCCCACGGACCUGCUACAGCGACAACGGCACGAAUCUAGUCGCCGGAGAGCAAGAAAUCUCGGACGCACUCGCCGGUUGGAAUCGGGAAAUAUUGGCCAACAAAAUGGCCAAUCAAGACGUCGAAUGGCGCUUUAGCCCGCCUGCCUCCCCACACUUCGGCGGCAGCUGGGAGCGUCUCAUUCAAUCAGCCAAACGCGCACUUCGUAGCGUGCUGAACGAGCGCACGCUCAACGACGAAGUCCUGCUCACCGCAAUGUCCGGCGUCACCGCGCUAUUAAACGCCAGACCAUUGACGCAUGUCAGCGUCGAUCCGCACGAUCCGCAGCCCCUUACCCCCAACCACUUCCUGACGGGACGGCCCAAUCCGGGUUUUCAUGUCGAUGACGCAGAAGAAUUUGGUGGUCUAACCAAAAGGCGCUGGUUAGAAUCGCAGUCUCUAAUCACCCACUUUUGGAAUAGGUGGCUGAAAGAGUACGUCCCCAACUUAAUCGAACGACGCAAGUGGCUGCGCCCGCGAAGAAAUUUGGCCGUCGACGACAUUGUACUCGUCGUCAUGCCGAACGUGAAGCGGGGAGAAUGGCCCAUAGGCCGCAUCACUCGCGUUAUCCAAGGUCAAGACGGCGUCGUGCGAUCGGCAGAGGUGAAAGUCAUCCGAGUGGCCACCGGAAGAAAAGGCCGACAGGAUCCCUUCAAUCCACCUACUAAAACGUCCAGUUUUGUGCGGUCCGCACACAAACUGUGUCUGUUAGAAGCUGACGAAGAAGAAGAUGUUUCCAGUGCUGGAAACAGGGCCGGCUGUGUGGCGGACGACGCCAAAUAAUCAAUCCUGCAACAAAGAAAGGGCUUCCCCCUUCCACUAGCUGGCCUAGCCCGUUCUCCCCUUUUGUCCUUGUGCGCCCAAAAUUUGUAGUUACAAGCAUUCAAUUUUGUACUCUAAAACAAGAAGCAACUGCAUCUGGCAAAUGCUGUUACCUUUUUCAAGUGGCAAAUAAAGAUCUUUAAAAUUUCCAAUCUCCCUGUUUUCUAAACU